AUGGAUUUCCUGGGGUCAGCUGCCUUCAGCAAGGCGGUGCAGGCACUGGAUGUGAAGACAGGGCGGCUGGUGUGCCUGAAGAUCAUCAAGAACAACAAGGACUACUUCGACCAGAGCCUGGACGAGAUCAAGCUGCUCUCCUACAUCAACGCCGCCGACCCCGCCGAUGAGCACGGCCUGCUGCGCCUGUACGACUACUUUUACUAUAAGGAGCACCUCUUCCUGGUGUGUGAGCUGCUGAGAGCCAAUCUGUACGAAUUCCAGAAGUACAACAGAGAGUCGGGGGAUGCAACGUAUUUCGUUCUGCCCCGUGUUCAGUCCAUUGCCCGGCAGGUCCUGAGAAGUCUGGCGUUCUUGCAUUCCUUGGGCUUGAUCCACUCGGACCUGAAGCCAGAGAACAUCCUCAUCAAGUCCUACUCCAGGUGCGAGGUGAAGGUGAUAGACUUUGGCUCGUCCUGCUUCAGCACGGACCAGCUGAGCAGCUACGUGCAGUCGCGCUCCUACCGCGCGCCAGAAGUCAUCCUGGGGCUGCCCUACGGCCAGAAGGUGGACGUCUGGUCCCUCGGCUGCAUCCUGGCAGAGCUCCUCUCCGGCUUUGUGCUGUUCCAGAAUGACUCGCUGGCGACGCUGCUGGCGCGGCUGGAGGGCAUUCUGGGGGCCCUGCCGCGGCACAUGCUGCGCGAGGGGCGCUAUGCGCAGCGCUUCUACACGCGCUCCGGCGCUCUCUUUGACCGCAACCCCCGCUCGCACCGGUACGAGUACCUGCGGCCCAAGCGCACCAGCCUGCGCAAGCGUGUGCCGGAGGCCGACCAGGGCUGCCUGGACUUCCUGGCCUUCCUGCUGACCGCCGACCCCAACAAGCGCCCCAGUGCCGACGAGGCCCUGCAGCACCCCUGGCUCCAGCAGUGCUACCCGCCCAUCCCCGCCGACUGA